AUGUGGAGACGAACCUACCUGCUCUUGCUGCUCAUCCGUGUUUACUUUGCGCUCUCGCCCAGCUACCUCCACCCCGAUGAGAAUUUCCAGGGCCCCGAACUCUUUGCCGGUCGCAUCUUCUCCUACCCCUCAAAACUCCCCUGGGAAUUCACAACCACCCAGCCCAUCCGCAGCGUCUUCCCACUAUGGCCAAUCUACGACGUCCCGAUGAGCCUACUAAAAUGGUUCUACACGGAGAUCGGGUCCGGCAACCCGCCGCCACAGCUAGUCUACUACGCCCUGCGCGCGGGCAUGUUCCUGCUGAGCUUUGUACUAGAGGACUGGGCCGUGUAUGAACUGGUGCCGUCGCCGCGGCACCGGCGCGCGACGGUCGUGCUGGUCGCCUCGUCGUAUGUCACCUGGACAUAUCAGACGCACACCUUUUCCAACGCCCUCGAGACCUUGUUGGUGGCUUGGGGUUUGGUUUUGAUUCGGCGUAUUGUCGAGAAUAAGGAACGCUCGUCCUUCUUCUCCUACGCCGUCUUCGCCUUCAUCGCGGUCGUCGGCGUCUUUAACCGGAUUACCUUCCCUGCCUUUCUUCUCUUCCCGGGUCUACAAUUGCUGCCUUAUUUCCAGCGCAAACCCUCCGCAUUCGCAGCAAUCCUCACCUUCGCCCUCCUCUUCUCCCUCAUUGCAAUCCACAUCGACACAACCUUCUACCGAGAAAACAACUCUCUCCUCCAAACCCUCCACGCCCCCAUAAUAACCCCCUUAAACAACAUCCUCUACAACACCAACACAAGCAACCUCGCAACCCACGGCCUCCACCCACACCACCAACACUUCACAGCCAACCUCCUCCAACUCCUCGGCCCAGCCUACAUAGCAAUGCUCCUCUCCCUCUGCACCUUCCCCUUAAACCUCCGCUGGAUCCGGAACGUCCGCGCCCUCUCCGCCCUCUCCGCUACCCUCCUCCUCUCAAUCUUCCCCCACCAAGAACCACGCUUCCUCCUCCCCGCCGUCCCGCUCCUCCUCAGCUGCGUGCGCAUGCACCGCUCCCGCCUCUUUUUAGCCGUCUGGAUCCUCUUCAACGCGGCCAUGGGCUUCCUAAUGGGCGUCUACCACCAAGGCGGCGUAGUCCCAACACAACUCGCGAUGCGCGGUAUAAUAAACACCAACACCGCCGCGCAGGGGAUCACCACCCGGGAAUCAAGCGUCUUUUGGUGGAAAACAUACUCCCCGCCUCAGUGGCUUCUCGGCGCAGACGAUACCACCAGCAUCAACACGAUCGACCUAAUGGGCGUCCCGGGAUUGGAAAUGCUCUCCACCCUCGAGAAUACCGUCCCGCCCUGUCCGCUUUCUUCACAUAUUUACCUCGUCGCGCCUACAUCUGCUACAUUCUUGGAUUCCUACGUCGCGGAAUCUGCUUCUGAAACGUCCAGUCAGGACCUCCGCCUUUACCGCCUCUGGUCUUAUCGAAACCAUAUCAAUCUGGAUGAUCUAGAUUUUGUCGAUGAUGGUGUUCUUGAGACAGUUAAGCGGGUUGUUGGGAGACGGGGGUUGGGGGUUUGGUCUGUUAGGAGGAGUUGCAAAUAG